CGGCUUCCGCAUCCGUUUUUCCCCAGGUCCCCUUUCUCCGUUGCUCCUUCUCUAGGGAUAGGAGAGGUCACUUCCCGGCCCUCCGCAGGGUCACAGCUCGGUUCCUCCCCGCCCGCCCUCCGGGGAGGUUAGCAACGGUUGCUACGGCCCGGAGCGGGCGCUGCCCCGCCUCACCGCGCGCUGUCUGACGUCACUUCCGCCCGCGACCCCCUUCCAGACCCGCUCCCGAAACCUUGCGGAAGGACGAAAGGCGACCCGUGCAGGUGCACGACGCCAGCUCCCUUCUGGGGGGCGGGGGCCUGGGGGCUGCCAUGGCCCCCAGCCACCUGUCAGUGCGGGAGAUGAGGGAAGAUGAGAAGCCCCUGGUGCUGGAGAUGCUGAAGGCCGGCGUGAAGGACACGGAAAACCGGGUGGCCCUCCAUGCCUUGACACGGCCGCCGGCCCUGCUCCUCCUGGCGGCGGCCAGCAGCGGCCUGCGCUUUGUCCUGGCUUCCUUCACCCUGGCCCUCCUCCUGCCGGUGUUCCUGGCUGUGGCCGCCGUGAAGCUGGGCCUGCGGGCCCGAUGGGGCUCUCUGCCUCCGCCGGGUGGCCUGGGGGGCCCCUGGGUGGCCGUGCGGGGCUCCGGUGACGUGUGUGGGGUCCUGGCUCUGGCCCCUGGCACAAAUGCAGGGGACGGGGCCCUGGUCACCCGCCUGUCUGUCUCUCACUGGCACCGCCGCCGGGGCGUGGGCAGGAGGCUGCUGGCCUUCGCGGAGGCCCGGGCUCGGGCCUGGGCUGGGGGCAUGGGGGAGCCCCGGGCCCGGCUCGUGGUCCCCGUGGCUGUGGCCGCCUGGGGGGUGGCGGGGAUGCUGGAGGGCUGCGGCUACCAGGCCGAGGGGGGCUGGGGCUGCCUGGGCUACACACUGGUGAGGGAAUUCAGCAAAGACCUGUGAAGCUACAGACUUGACAGCCAGGGCAGGGGAGGAGGGAGGGGCGCCAGCACCUGAUGAGCGCCUACUGUGUGCGGGUACUUUUUACCUGCCCUCCCUCGGUGAGUCCUCAGCCACCCCGGGCCCAGAAACAGAGGCCUGCCGAGGGGAGGAGCCUGGCCCCUGUCCACCCGUCAGCAGUGUGAAGUCUGUAGUGUUUGAGCUUCUCAGAGUGGAAUGACUCCUUUUCCUUCCUGGCCCUCAGGGCCCUCUCGAGGUCAGCCUCUCCAACCCCUACCUCAGCUCUGUCUGCACUGAGAAACCUCCCCGGCUGAUGUCUGCAGUCUGUGCUGUCCGUGCCCCAGGCUGGGAGAGCUAUUUGGGGAGGGGGAGAGGAGGCCGAGCAGAAUACACCCCAGAGUUAGGGUUUGCGACUCCGCCUCCCUGGGACCUGGAUUGGGUCAGAUGCUUGUCCUUGGAGGGGACAAGGUUGACUGCUUAGGGGGCGCCGUGCACAGGGCUGCCAGGCCUGGCCCCUCUCUGGGAAGCUUGAGAGCUGAGACGGGCAGCCCUGUCCCUUCCUCCAGAUGCGUCUGGUUUUUUACACCGUUUGUUAAUAAAGCCUGAAACUGC